GAAUAUAAGGGAACUUAUUGGUGAGAAAGCUGUAGACCAACUUAACACUGAAUCCAUUUCUUUUCCAAGACCGGAAAAAUAUUACACUAACAGGAACCACUUCUCUCCAUCUCAUUCAGAUAAGAAUUCAAGCUUUGACAUUGUUAACCACAGACGAAUUGGAGCCUGGUGCUGAAAGGAGGUGUUCUGCAACGAUUGUUUGCUUGUCUAAAGUUUACUUCUAUAAGAGGUAAUCUGAAAAAUGACAGGGGCAAAGAGGAAAAAGAAAAGUGUGCUCUGGAACAAGAUGCAUAUCCCCCAUUGUGAAGACUUUAAACAGUGGUGUAUAAGGCGGCUACCUAUUUUGGAAUGGGCGCCACAUUACAAUCUGAAAGAAAACUUGCUUCCAGAUACCGUGUCUGGGAUAAUGUUGGCAAUUCAACAGGUGACACAAGGGUUGGCUUUUGCCAUUCUUUCAUCUGUGCACCCAGUGUUUGGUUUAUAUGGGUCUCUGUUUCCUGCCAUCAUUUAUGCCAUAUUUGGAAUGGGACGUCAUGUUGCCACAGGCACUUUUGCCUUGACAUCCCUAAUAUCAGCCAACGCAGUGGAACGUCUUGUCCUUGCAAGUAGCCAGAACCUCACCACACAGAGUAACACAAGCGUGCUGGGUUUAUCUGACUUUGAGAUGCAAAGGAUUGGUAUCGCUGCAGCUGUUUCCUUCUUAGGAGGUUUGAUUCAGGUGGCUAUCUUUGUGCUACAACUGGGCAGUGCUACAUUUCUGCUUACGGAGCCUGUGAUCAGUGCGAUGACAACUGGGGCUGCCACACAUGUCAUGACUUCACAAGUCAAGUGUCUCUUGGGAAUGAAAAUGCCCUAUAUAUCUGGAUCAUUUGGAUUCUUUUAUAUUUAUGUAUAUGUCUUUGAAAACAUCAAGUCUGUUAGACUGGAAGCACUACUCUUAUCCUUGCUGAGCAUUGUGGUGCUUGUUCUGGUUAAAGAAUUGAAUGAACAGUUUAAAAGGAAAAUUAAAGUUGUUCUUCCUGUCGAUUUAAUUUUGAUUAUUGCUGCAUCAUUUGCUUGCUAUUGUACCGAUAUGGAAAACACAUAUGGAUUAGAAGUAAUUGGUCAUAUUCCAAAAGGAAUUCCUCCACCUAAAGCUCCUUCAAUGAAUGUCCUCUCUGCAGUAAUCACAGAAGCUUUGGGAGUGGCACUUGUAGGCUAUGUGGCUUCACUGGCUCUUGCUCAAGGAUCUGCCAAAAAAUUCAAAUAUUCAGUUGAUGAUAACCAGGAACUGUUGGCUCAUGGCCUCAGCAAUGUGAUUUCUUCAUUUUUCUUCUGCAUACCAAGCGCUGCUGCCAUGGGAAGGACUGCUGGACUAUACAGCACAGGAGCAAAGACACAGGUGGCUUGUCUAAUAUCUUGCAUUUUCGUCCUGAUGGUCAUUUAUGCAAUAGGACCUUUGCUUUACUGGCUGCCCAUGUGUGUUCUUGCAAGUAUUAUUGUCGUGGGACUGAAGGGAAUGUUAAUACAGUUUCGGGAUUUAAAAAAAUAUUGGAAUGUGGAUAAAAUCGAUUGGGGCAUAUGGGUCAGUACAUAUGUAUUUACAAUAUGUUUUGCUGCCAAUGUGGGACUGCUGUUUGGUGUUGUCUGUACCACAGCUAUUGUGAUUGGUCGCUUCCCAAAAGCAAAGACUCUGAGUAUAAAAAACAUGAAAGAAAUGGAAUUUAAAGUGAAGACAGAAAUGAAUAGCGAGAAUCUGCAGCAGGUGACAAUUAUCUCAAUAAACAACCCACUUGUUUUUCUGAACGCAAAGAAGUUUUAUACUGAUCUAAUGAACAUAAUCCAAAAAGAAAAUUCCAGCAACCAGCCACUUGAUGAUAUCAGCAAGACUGAACAAAACAUAUUGCUCAAUUCUCUAUCCAAUGGCAAUUGCAAUGAAGACAUUUCACAGCCCUGCUCAAAUGAGAAGUGUAAUAUAAUCCUGGAUUGCAGUGGAUUGACCUUUUUUGACUAUUCUGGAGUCUCCAUGCUUGUCGAGGCUUACAUAGACUGUAUCAGCAGGAGUGUGGAUGUAUCAUUAACCCAUUGCACAGCUUCCUUGAUAAAAGCAAUGAAGUACUGUGGAAACCUAGACUCAGAGAAACCAAUUUUUUUUGAAUCGGUAUCUGCUGCAAUAGGUAACAUCCAUUCAAAUAAGAAUUUGAGCAAACUCAAUGACCAGAGUGAAGUCUGAGACCGUUUUGCCAUGGUGCGGCUCUUGUCUUUAGCAACUGCCCUGAAGAGGACAUACUCUAGCAUUUUGAACAACCUUUUAUUAUUAUUAUUAUUUUUUUUGCUUAAAUCUAUUGAUGACUUCUACUACAACAAAUAUGAUGUGACCUAAUCAUAGAGCCUCUGGUCAAGAUUUGCUAACAAUUUUUUUUCUAAUUUUUGUUAGUAAACAGAUUCAUAGUAGGUUAUUGUAUAGUCAUUUCACAAAAAUUGAUAUGCAUUAGUUUUAGCAUACUGAAAGCUUAAACAUAAAUUUAUUUGCUUUUACCAGAGUAUUUUGUGUUGUUUUAUUUCAGUUUUGUAGUAAGUUAAUUUGUAAGACUGAGAAACACUUUGUCAGAAGGGAUUUAGAACAUUUGCAAGCCAUUUGUAAAAAUUCAGAAUCAUCUGUAACUAAUACAAGGGCAAAUGUGACAUUUUCCCUUACCAAAUAACAAAGCCAUUAAACAUCAAUAAGUUAAAUGUUAUUUUAUAUAAUAUGAUAUGAAAGUCACAAAAAAUAAUUCAAACAAAAAUACAUGACAAACUAGGAGUCAUUGCUCUCCAUAUAUUUCCAUGCAUGGAAGUUUUCAGAAAUGUUUUCAAGAUAUCUGGUAUCCCAAUGAAACCAAGUUCUUGACAUUAGUCUGUUUUACUGUGAAUAUUGGAAAUGCUUAGAACAUUCAGAACUGAUAGCCCUAAUCUCCACAUCCCCACCCCAUGAAAGUCUCUGUUUUCAGCUUAAUUUUUUGGAGCUAGAGGAUGAGGAAGUUAUACAUUUUAUAUUUUUUCACAAACAUGAUUUUUCGAUAAGAAAA